GAUACAUUGAUGAGUUGUUUGUUAUUUUAUGUAUACGCGUUGGACAGUUUUAAUUGUUAAUAGUUCAUUGUUAUUAUAUCGGUAUCUGUAAUGUAUUUUGAAAUGAAACUGAGUGAAAUCUUUGGAUUUUAUUGAACAGUAGACUGGAAACUCCAUAUCCGAGUAAUCUGCAUUGAUCUUGUGAUUCUUGUCGACUUGUUGAGCUCUGCUCAGGUUUCGCUGGUCGUGGAUGGUUCGCAACUUGGUUUUUGAGUCAUUCAACUGAGAACUCACCAAGCACAUCCGUGCCUUCUUGUUUCAAGUUUAGUUGACCCAGUUGUCUGUUGUGUUUUGUUGGCACAAAUUACAAUCACAGCCAGAGCCCCGUCAUGGACACAACGUCCAUUAUGUUAGCCAUUGGAUUCGUGGUGUUUGCCUGUUUGGCCUAUUUCCUCUCCAGGAAGAAGAAACCUGACAGUAAUACUUCCCCUGAUAUUCCAGAAGAGCCUGUUGCGCAGCGUCCGCGGCUGCCUCCUGAACUUCCUAAUGAAGACGAGGGAAGACGAGCCGGUGGCCGACGGGUUGUUAGGAACAGAGCCAGACCGCAGAGGCCUCGGGUCGAAGAAGUAUUUAACCAGUCUGGAUCAGAAGAUGAAAUAGGAGAUGAUGUGGAAGACUCAGCCAUUCUGGAUUCUAAUAUCGGAGCCAAAAAACGUCGAAAGCUGGAACUGAAAGCGGAAAAGCGAGCACACAGACAGGCUGAAUUACAAGAGCGUGAGGAAAAGAAGGAGCGGGAAGCUCGAAUAGAAGAGGAGCGGAAGCGCAAAGAGGCACAAGAAAAACUGGUUGAAGAGGAGCGGUUAGAGCAAGAACGAUUAGAGCGCGAAGAACGCGAACGGAAAGAACAUGAAGAAUAUCUCAAACUGAAGGAAUCCUUCCAAAUCGAAGCCGAGGGUGAAGAACCGCCUGAACCGGAAGGGGAAAAUCUUUUACAAGAGUUCAUCGAAUACAUCAAACAGAAUAAGAUUGUCCUGCUGGAAGAUUUGGCAGCUCAUUUUAAAUUAAAAACACAGGAGUGCAUCGAUCGGGUCCAAAAGUUGCAAGCUGACGGCCUGUUAACGGGUGUUAUUGACGAUCGGGGCAAGUUUAUUUUCAUCUCCAUGGAAGAAUUGCAAGCGGUGGCUAAGUUUAUCAAACAACGAGGGCGCGUAUCGAUUGCCGAACUGGCGGAAUCCAGUAACAAGCUGAUUAAAUUGCAGACGCAAGAGGUUCCAACAUAGCUUGUAAGUCUGUUUUUUUCAGUUAUGCUUACUUACGUACUUUCCGGUGGUGGCCAAUUUUGCAACUGGUUUUCUGUUUAUUUCUGGAAUUUUUUAUUUAUUUACCGCCGUGGUGGUAGACGUCGGACAAAAGAAUGUGCUUGUAAACACAAGGCAGUUGUCGAAAAAAUUAUAAACUGCAAAUAUAAA